AUGAACGAUGACGGGAUCUUUUCUGCCCUCGAGGUUGGGUAUGGGAAGGCAAUGAUAGGUCUCGGCUGCGGUUGUCUGCUCGCGGGCAUCGUUGGUGUGAUGUCAGCAUACAGCCGGAAGCGGUACCUCUUAUCGGGGUAUGUCCUCUUAUCGGUGCUACUAGGAGGGAGCCUACUCGCUGUGUCAUGCGUGGGAGCACUGAAUCUUACUCAAUGUGAACCACUACGGCUUCAGGUCCUAGCGGAUGUCAGUCGUACCGAUGCUGAUAAGUUUGCCACUGUAUGUGGUCGUCAUCGGGAUACUGGAGCCCUCUAUGGAUCCGAGCGGAUGUUGAUACUAAUGAGUGAGUACGAGAGUAUGAGUCAAGCCUUGAGCAACUGCAUGGCGAACCACACGAAUACCUCUGCUGGAGGCUCCUUGGAGGAAUGUCCAGGAGCUGUAGAUGACCAACUUGUCCCAUGGGAGGUCCAUCGAUAUAGUGGACUGCUGAGGGAGGCUGAGAGGCGUUACCAUUGUGGAGGUGCCUGCGAGCCUGGUACGCCCCUGUUCGGCUGGUCGGAGGGUGCAGGCAAAGGAGGUGGAGGGCUUCGAGAUGGGGUCGGGGAUAAGCCGCUAGAGCCUUGUGUGAAGGGCAUCAUGGAGGAUCUCCAAGGGCAGGCUAAUGCGAACGCAGCUCAGAAGCGGCUCGAGGGUCGUCGGCAGCAGCAGCAGCAGCAACACGGCCUCUACCAGCUGGCACCAUCAACUGAGCAGCUCGGCUUGCUGUCCAUAAUGCUGGGUGAGGAUAGCACUGAAGACAGUGAUGAUGAAAACUGA